AUGAGUGCAUGCAAGAGCCAAGCGAUCACCACGCCCGGUGAAGAUGAAGACUUCCUGUUCGCCAUGAAAUUAAGGCCACCAUCGAACUGGGUAAAAGAAGAGACUAUGGAAAGAGGAGACAGCUUCCAACUUGCCAGUGGACUGCAUGUUUUCGAGUACACUAACAAAGAUAAGAGAUUCAAUAAGAUGUUCAACAACGCAAUGCAAGGUCCGACCAACAUGUACAUGAGUAAAAUUGUCGAAUCAUAUCGCGGCUUCGACGACGUCAAGACGGUGGUCAAUGUAGGCGGUGGUGUUGGUGCAAGCCUUAGGAUUUUACUAUCCAAGCACCCCCACAUUCAUGGCAUAAACUUUGAUCUACCUCAUGUGGUCAAAGAGGCUCCUCCUUAUCCUGGCAUAGAACAUGUGGGAGUGGACAUGACAAACUACAUUCCUAAAGCGGACGCCAUUCUCAUGAAGUGGAUAAUUCACGAUGCAGAUUGCCAGUUCUGUGUGAAGCUACUCAAAAACUGCUCGGAGGCAUUGGCAGAGAAGGGCAAGGUGGUGAUCGUGGACGCAGUCCUCCGGGAGUAUCCCGAAACGGACAUCGUUGCGAGGAACGCCUUCCUAGCUGACACGGCCAUGCUGAAUAUGACUCCCGGCAGAAAGGAUCGGACAGAGAGAAAAAUCAAGGUCCUGGCACGUGCAUCCGGCGUCGAUGCUCCGAAACUUGUGUGUCGAGUUUACAACAUGUGGGUGGUCGAGCUACGCAAAAGGAUGUGAUCUCUU